AUGGCGUCAGACAUCCUCCUCAGUCGGGACGCAGGCUUCGGACAGAUCGCCGCAUUCUCCACCGGUAAGGGACCGGAAGACAGUGCAGGUACAAAUCGUCGCUCACAAAAAAGACAAGGACAUGGUAUGGCUGAUAGCCGCGUACGACGCUGGAUCCUACCACCUCAAGUCACAUUCCUCAGCAGUGGAGGGCAAAUUGUGACAGAGGGCAUCGACGACCAUGGAAGACCUGGAUUUGGUGUCCACUAG